UGAUGAAUGAUAAAGCAUUGGUCCGCCAUCUUGCAGCCUGCGAAACUAUGGGCUCGGCUACGACGAUCUGCAGUGACAAGACAGGAACCUUGACAACCAAUCACAUGACUGUGGUGAAAGCUUGCAUCUGUGGAAAUAUCAGUGAAUUAUCUAAUCCAAGUGAUGCUUCUAGUAUCUUCUCUCAGCUUCCACAAAAGGUGUCUAAUAUCCUUAUGCAGUCCAUAUUUAAUAAUACUGGAGGAGAAAUCGUAACCAACCAACAAAGAAAGAUAGAAAUACUAGGAACACCAACUGAGACUGCUAUAUUGGAAUUUGGCUUAUCUCUAGGCGGUGAUUUUAUAGCAGAGCGUGAAGCAGUUAAGCUUAUUAAAGUUGAACCUUUCAAUUCAGCGAAAAAGAGAAUGGGAGUAGUGAUUCAACUUCCUCAAGGGGGAUACAGAGCCCACUGUAAAGGUGCCUCUGAAAUAGUUCUGGCUUCAUGUGACAAGGUUUUAGAUGCUGCAGGUAAUGUUGUUCCCCUUGAUGAUGCAACAGCCAAUCAUCUCAGGGAUACAAUUGAAAGUUUUGCUAAAGAAGCUCUGAGGACACUUUGCCUAGCCUAUAUGGAGGUUGAAGAUGAUUUCUCAGCUAAUCAACAAAUCCCUUCUGAUGGGUACACAUGUAUUGGAAUUGUAGGCAUUAAGGAUCCUGUCAGACCCGGUGUCAAGGAGUCGGUGGCUGUUUGUCGAUCCGCUGGAAUUGCAGUGAGAAUGGUUACCGGAGAUAACAUUAAUACAGCAAAGGCUAUUGCCCGAGAAUGUGGUAUUCUUACAGAUGAUGGCAUAGCUAUAGAGGGUCCAGAGUUUAGGGAAAAAAGUCUAGAACAAAUGAUGGAAUUAAUUCCAAGGAUACAGGUGAUGGCUAGAUCUUCACCACUGGACAAACAUACACUUGUGAGGCACCUGCGUACUUUGUUCAGUGAGGUCGUUGCUGUGACUGGUGAUGGCACAAAUGAUGCUCCAGCGCUUCAUGAGGCAGAUAUUGGACUUGCAAUGGGAAUU